AUGGUCUUGGCCGCCGACUUCCCGGCCCCGGGAUCCGGGCCGCAGCAUUUCAAGGUGACCUUCAGUCCAAGCGUAGCAGUGCGUGCAGCGCCCUCCACCGAUGCCAACAUCAUCAGCGCUCGCCGUGUGGGAGAGGUCGUAUUGGCCGAGUCCCAGACGUAUUCCGGAUGGAUAAGAUUGGAGGGAGACGGCGGAUGGAUGUUGAGCAGACAUCCACAGCACGGCGUCCUGCUUCAGCCGGCCUUCGACAAGGCGGUUCCUCAGGACGGCCCAGACGAAGGUUUCGCCAGCAUGGACCAGGCGGCCAGCAGCUGUUUCCUGAAGUUUCCAAGAUGGAUAGAUGCAGAGGGAAAACUUCGGGAAUGGGCACGGCGCCAACCAUAA